AUGGUAGCCCUGGGGUUGUUCAUGGGCCUUCUCGCCCUAAGCGCAGAGAGCGUCGCCCAGGGCCCUUGCGAAACGUCUCUUGGAUCAAGUAGUGUCGAUGUCCUUCGUACCAGCACGAGCACUAGGGUGGAAACGCUCACUUUAAUCGACAAGAUUAUCAGCCAACGUACCAGCAUUGUCGGUCGCAAUACCACGACAACUACCAUCAGAACAACUUUCACGAAGCUGGCUACAGUCAAGGCAAGCCCUGAGGCCACGAUAGCUACCAUGACGGUUACCAUCCCAACUUUGGUUAACCAAACGGAAACCACGACGAAGACGAAGACGAACAGGAAUACCAUCACAACCACCAGCCAUUUCGAUGUGACGAUCUCAAGAAAGCCAGGCUUUACGGCGAUUGGUGAUUGGAAGGAAAUGGAACCCCCUGACGGAAAGGCGAAAACUUCAAAGAUCGGCAAAGACGCUCGCUUGUUUUCACAACGUCUGGGAGUGUACUGUACUGAAGAUAUGCCGAUAAAGAAGACUGUGACCUCCACCAGCUUCAGAGUGCAGACUCAAAACGCCACCAAGCAGUCUACCAAGACACACAUAUUGACUUGCAGGACAACCAUUGUGAAGACCCAGUAUCCUUCGGGCCUUGACACCACCGUGACCACCACAGUUCGUCCUAUCGAGACGGUAUUUGUCAGCGCGACGAGAACUAGAAUCAUUAACGAGACGGUCACCCUCGAGAAACAAAUACCCCGAAACACCCACUACCACGUCUGCUCCAAGCCCGGCAAAAACAUCCUCGGCUGGGCGCCCGACAGGCGCAUGAUCAAGGAAUGGACCCACCAAGACCACGAGGUAAACCCAACUGAAGUAAAAGUCGGCGAUUAUAUUUCCUGUUGCAACGAAUGCAUGAAGCGGCCAUACUGCCAAAUCAGCUUCUUCGGCAAGCCACCCGACGCAACCAGAGAUGUACCGGAGUCCUGCUACAUGUACAUCACGCAAAACAGGAACCAGUGCCUCGACGGGGCCCAGCCGGUGUAUGCAAAAUACAUCGGUGAUGCAAUGGGCCGUGCGGGCAGUUGA